AUGUUAGUGGAUCUCAAGUCAAGAUUUUUUGAGGUGGAAAUAUACAGAGACGAUAAAUAUGAGACAGCAUUUUCAGGGCAAGAUGAGCACUACCAAUACAAAAGAAUGCCAAUGAGGUGCAAGGAUUCGCCAAACAUAUUUCUAAAGGCUAUCGCACUAGGACUCGCAGGAUUACAAGGUCAUGUAAAAGAAGUGUAUCUUAACGACAUAAUGGUCUUUGCAUCUGACCUUGAAGAACAUGAGAGUGGACCUGUACUUAUUACUCCAGAUUUAGAAAAACCCUUUAUCUUCACAAUGAACGUAUUAGAUUACGCGAUUGGAGCGAAUCUAAGUCAGGGAGAGAUCGGAAAUAAUAGACUGUGCGAGUACGUGUCUUGCUGCCUCAAAGGUAGCAAACUCUGCUACCCAACUUACGACAAGGAAUUAUUAGCGACUGCUCAAAGCGAAGCUGAGAGGAUAUGA